UCCCAGGGAAGUUCUGGGGUUUACAGAGAAAGGGAGACCCGGCCCCGUGGGGCCUCCGAACCCCCCCUUUCUAGCUCCCUGGCCAGCAAGCCUUUCCAUGGAGGGUGCUGGCGAGGACCCCACCAUAUUCAGGGCCCAUUCUCUGCCCAGUGACCCCCGGCUUCUGGCCACCGUGACCAACUCGUACCUGGGCACGCGGGUGUACGGCACGGCCCUGCACGUGAGUGGUGUGUACAACGGGGCGGGGGGGGACACGCACCGGGCCGUCCUGCCCAGUCCCCUCAACAUGCGGCUGGAGGCGCCCAUCGGAGCUGGGGAGCAGCUGGUCAGCACCUUCGCCCUGGACACUAACUCAGGCUCCUUCCUGCACACCCUGGAGGGCCCCACCUUCUGGGCCUCCCACCGCAUCUACGCCCACCGGACCCUGCCGCAUGUCCUGGCCUCCAGCGUGUCCAUCGCCCGCCGGGCCACGGGCUGCGGGGCAGUCACGGUGCUGCUGCGGUCCACCUUCUCUCCAGAGAGCCCGGACCUGGCCCUGCGUCUGGGCCCCUGCCACCAGGGAGCGCGGUACCUGUACGGCCACACCCUCACCCCCGAGCAGCCCGGGGGGCCACAGCAGGAGCUGCACAUGCUGUGGACCCCGGUGCCCCCCGCCCUGACCCUGGAGGACGGGGAGCAGGCCCCCCUCCCGCGCGUCCCUGCUGGGGCAGCCACCUGCAGCCUCCACGCUCGCCCCAGCCUGCGCUUCGCUGCGGCCCUGGCCAUGGACCUGGGGCGGCCGGUACCCGACCGAUGGCUACAGGUGGCUGAGGGGAUCAAGGUGCCCUUCGACGCCGAGAGGGGCUUCCACCCUGAGUUCGACGGGUAUGAGCUGGGGGAGGAGGUGAAGCAGGCAGACGUGGUGCUCCUGGGGUACCCGGUCCCGUUCCCCCUGAGUCCUCGCAUCCGAAGGAACAACCUGGAGGUCUACGAGGCUGUGACGUCCCCGCGGGGCCCGGCCAUGACCUGGAGCAUGUUUGCGGUGGGCUGGCUGGAGCUGAGGGACGCCACCCGGGCACAGGCCCUGCUGCACCGGAGCUUGGCCAACGUCUCCGAGCCCUUCAAGGUGUGGACGGAGAACGCAGACGGGUCGGGAGCCGUGAACUUCCUGACGGGCAUGGGGGGCUUCCUGCAGGCGGCGCUCUUCGGGUUCACGGGGUUCAGGAUCACCCGGGCCGGCCUGACCUUCGACCCUGUGUGUCCCGAGGGGGUGUCGGGAGUGAGCGUCUGGGGUGUCUCCUACCUGGGGAACAAGCUGGACUUCUCCUGGGCCGAGGGCUCUGUGACGCUGGAAGUCAGCGCCCAGGCGGACCCCGGGGCCCCCCCGCUGGAGGCAGAGCUGUGGCCAUCGCGGGCCCGGCUCCCCCUGCCCCCAGGACACAGGGUCUCCUUUCCCAGCUCCGCCGGCCGGAUACAGCGGGCAGUGGCCUAGGCUGGCUCCUGGGAGAGGCCCCUGGAGGUGUGGACAGCUGCCCUCAGAGCCCCCCUGGGCGUCCCGCCCCAGCCCGCUCCUGCCUGCCCCGUGCUGG